GAACAACAAUAGCUGCAACAGCAUCAUCGACAACAAUAGCAAUAUCAAUUGAUCUUGCAUAAAACGGAAAGUCGAACAGCGCUAGCCAGGAUCAGGAUCGGAGUGGCAAUCUGAAGCGGGGGUCGGUAACAGAUACGAACGAAAACUACCCAGUCGAAGAUGCUCUUCAUGGACGCGCUGUUCAACAGCUUGCUGGUGGUCAGCUCCGGCUAUGCAAUGUACACGCUGCAUCCACUGCAGACGCCCUAUGGCUACGCGGCGGCGGCGUUGAGUCUGGUCCAUGGGCUGCUGGGCGUGGUGCGGGCGGCGAACAAUGAUGACGAUGAGUGCAAUCGAUUGCGUCAGAUAACUUCCGGUAUUAUGGAGCUGGUGCCGCUGCCAUUGACCAACAUUGAGCUCUACUUGAAGUCCUCGAGCCCGCACUUGGCCAUGGCGCACGGCUGCUUCUUGGUGCCGCUCACCUUCGAUUUGGUGGCCAAGUGGCGCGACAUCGAGGACACUUCGACGUUGACACUUAAGGAUCUCACGCUGCUCGGCAAUGUGGUGUCGCUGCUAUUCCUGGGCGUCAAUCAGUCGAGUAAUAUCUAUGGGGGCAUGGCGGCCAUCGCCUUCGGAGCGCGCUACGGAUCCGUCAUGUUCGACUAUUACUGGGAGGGCCUCGGGGUCCACUUCAACUUGCUGGCCAACUCCGCCUUCAUUAUGCUAAUGGCCAUGACGCUGACGGCCAAAUCCUAAAGAACUUACCCAACCUAACUACCAACUGAUGAGCAGCGUCAUUUGAUCUUUUGUUUCGCCCUGCUCAAGGCUAACGCGUCUGGUUCAUUGGCUCAACAACGGCUCAAGCGACGGCUGCGACGGCGGCGGCGGCGGCUCAAUAAACUUGCAAUUAAUGUUGGCAAAUUAAAAUGCACAAAAAUAAACAUUAAUUGUUUU